AUGAGUUCUGAAUUUGUUAUCUUUGUAGUUUUUUCCUAUUUUUUUGUUUGUGUUAUUGGUGCAAGAAAACUUGAUCAAAUAACCAAUCCAAAUUUUGGUUAUGAUGGAUCAGUUGGUAGUGGGUUAGGAGGUAGUGUAAUGGGUGGUGGUGGUAUUCCGGGACUAGGUGGAAGUAUUGGUAGUCCGAUUGGUGGUAUUCCGGGAUUAGGCGGAGGUAUUGGUAGUCCGAUAGGUGGUAUUCCAGGACUAGGAGGAGGUAUUGGUAGUCCGGUUGGUGGUGCACCAGGUGGCACAGGCGGAGGUAUAGGGGGUAUGAUUCCGGGGGGGCCUGGGCUUGGUGUAGGCCAAGGUGGGCCCGGACUUGGUGUUGGACGUGGUGGACCUAGUGGUGGAGUGGGAAUUGGUGUUGGUAGUCCGAGUGGACCGGGUUUAGGAAUGGGCUCGAGUUCAGGUGUUGGAGCAGGUAUUGGUGCAGGCACCAGAAUGGGUGGUAGCCUUGGUGGACCAAUUGGUGGACAAACAGGUAUUGGAGGCGGAAUUGGUGGUGGAAUGGGUGGGAAUAUUGGUGGUAUUCCCGGGCUUGGAUCAGGUGGUAUUCCCGGGCUUGGUUCUAGUUCGGGUUUUGGGAUAGGAGCUGGUGCUGGGACCAGAACUGGGCUAGGCCCUAACCCUGGAGGAAAUUAG